AUGCCACGCUCGGCUCCUCGCAGGGGCUUCAGCUAUGUGGACCUGGUGGAGGGUCUGCGGGACGGACGCUUCUAUGCCCUGAAGCGCAUCCUCUGCCAUGACAAGGAGGACCGCCAGGCUGCCCUGCACGAGGUAGAGAUGCACGGCCUCUUCGACCACCCCAACAUCCUGCGUCUGGAGGCCCACUGCAUGGUGGAGAAGGGCACCAAGCAUGAAGCCUGGCUUCUCCUGCCCUACGUGAAGGGGGGGACCCUCUGGAGCAAGGUGGAAGCACUGCAGGAGAAAGGGACCUUCAUGUCAGAGCAGCGGAUCCUUCUCAUCCUCCACGGCAUCUGCUGCGGGCUGCAAGCCAUCCACAGCAAGGGCUAUGCGCACAGGGACCUCAAGCCCACAAACGUGCUGCUGGAUGAGGAUGACCGGCCUGUGCUGAUGGACCUGGGCUCCAUGAACCAAGCUCACAUUGAAGUCAACAGCUCUCGGGAGGCCAUGGCCGUGCAGGACUGGGCUGCCCAGCGCUGCACCAUCUCCUACCGUGCCCCUGAGCUCUUCACGGUGCCGAGCCAGUGCGUCAUAGACGAGCGCACAGAUAUCUGGUCCCUAGGCUGUGUGCUGUACUGCAUGAUGUUUGGGGAGGGCCCCUACGACGCCAUCUUCCAGAAGGGCGACAGCGUGGCUCUGGCAGUGCAGAACCCCAUCGCCAUGCCCCCCACGACCAGGUACUCGGCUGCCUUGCAGCACCUGCUCUCCUCCAUGAUGACGCUGAACCCCCAGGAGCGGCCCAGCAUAAAUGACGUCCUCCACCAGCUGGAGGGGCUGCAGCCAGCGCCGGUGGGCCAGGACACCACGCAGAUCUGAGCCCGUCCCACCCCGUGGUGGCGAUGUGCCCUGACGAUGAGCCAGGGGAAAAGCAGCUGCCUUCGUCCCUGCUCCCCCGUGGAGCCGUUGCAGAGGCGAUUGCCGCACUCGGGGAGAGAUGCUGCUCUGUGCCAGAGGUGUGUUGGGUUUGGAGUGAUCUGUGCCCUGGAUGCUGCUGCCUGGGACUUGGUCUGUGCCCCAGAACUGUGGACAUGUGACCUGCUGCUAAACACGGGGCCCUCGCCGGCUGCUGCCUCCCCUGGGGGUUGCAGAGGAGGAUGCUGUGGGAUCCCCCAGGUGACGGCAACCGUGGCCCUGCAGCUCUGCACCCCAGGAGGGUCACUCCUGCCCGGGGCAGAGCUGCAGUCUGGGUCCCAGUGUGGUGCUGGAGCAAGGUGGGGAGGACCCGGCACUCGGUCCGCCACUGCUCUCAGCGCCAACGUUGCCUUGUGUUCGGAGUAAAAGAUGUUCUUGCG